GUUUUUUUUCUUCUCAUUUUGCGAUUCUAUCGUGUUAUUUAUUCCUCGGGGCUAAUGGGAUAUACUGAGAUUUUAUUCUACUUAGUUCAUUCCAUUUUUUUUAUUUUAUUUGGAUUUAUUAAGGGUUAGAAAUUUUUUUUAGAGGAACUGACGACAGCUGUGCACUUGACUUCCGGGUUUGGGUGGUUUAAAUGUCGAUUGGUGAGAUUAAUCUUUUUCGAUGGGAAAUUAGGCGCAGUUUUUUGAGAUGAGGAAAAAUUCCGGGAACGAUGCUGGGGCGAUUUUUGAUGAGGAGUUCAAUAAGAAAAUGAGGGUGGCGAAUUUUCUGGUGAAAAAUUUAGAGCGACGAAGAGACAUAGAUAUUGCGAAAAACUACCUGACACGAGUGGGAAACAUAAAAUCCUCGAAUUUAGAAGUGAAGAAAAAUAGAAAUGCAUUCCUGUCGUAUCUCAUCAGAGUCCUGGGGGAUGCUGUGCUUCCAGGAUGUUCGGACGAUCGGUCAGACACGGUGUGCGAUCCUGACAAUUCGCUGAAGGUCUUGCACGACAUGGAUAAUCUAUCAGAAACGUCAGAGGAGACUCUGUACGAAGAGCCUCCAGUGAAGAAAAUAAUAAAAUUCAAGUCCGAGUGGUCGAAAGACCACAGAACGUAUGUCGCAGUGAAACCUCUUCCAGGGAGAGGUGCUCUCGUUUUCAUGGCAGUGUCCAAACGCCCUGGGCUCGACAACUGGGACUUACCCCCUCCCCUGAGGUCCAGCAUGAAGCAAAAAUAAUAAUAGCAUUUUAUCCAGUAAAUUGCAGUGAUGUCGAUCCAGUGAGGAAAAUAAAUAGGCAAGAGGUAUUUUCAAAAAGAUUUAAUGAAGCUGCGUUUUGUGAUAUCACAACAAUGCCCCGGCAAAUUAUUCUCCCUCGUAAUAAAAUCGUCAACUGACCCCUUGCACCACCUGGGACAACGUGAGAAUCAUCCCCUUCCAAUUCAUUUGUAUAAAAAAUAAAUAAUAUCCACUACCCACUGAGCAUUAAUUUUGGUCCACUCUGUCAACUAUAGAGAUUACAUAUUCAGAUUAAAAUUGAGUGAAUAAUCGUGUCCCAGGUUUAAUGCAAUUGUAUAAUUUUUCAACACGUUUUUCCUUUUUUUAUUCAUGUUUCAAUGUUAUUUUUUAAUAAGCAUUCUGAAAAUAAUUUUUGUCUCUCUUUCCAUAACAAAUCACAUACAGGAGCCAAAUAAAUAGCUUAAAAUUUCUAACAGCAUUAUCAACUAAUAAUAAUACGCAAGAAAAAAUGGUAAAAUCGAGUUUGAGAAUUUGAGAAAAAUACAGUUCAGUAGCCAAGAAGUGAAGUUCAAAAAAUUGAAGUUUUUUGGAAAUAUCUCUUAAUCCACGAGAGCUUAAUAAAUUUUGUGAGGACAUUUUUUGCGGAUCUUUUUAUGCCCCAUAAAAGACGUCCUCAGAAAAAUUACAUUAUCUUUGGUAGAUUCAGAGAUAUUCAUCACUUCACUUCUUCGUUACAUAUUUAUUGUUGAAACCAUAAAUUGUAGAUUACGAAGGCUGGGUGGGAGGAGGGAGAUUCGAUCUUAACAUUGAAAUUGAAAGGAACGGGAGAAAAUAAAACUUUGAUUUUCGACAAUCAGGACAAACGUACGUUGAAUCGUUAAAACGCAAUAAUUUCAAUUGUAGAAAAACUGGAGGAAAAAUAAUCCAGAUGAUUUUUCAACUUUACAGCGAAUUAUUCAAUCAAAAUAUAAAGAAAAAAAAAACGUGCAAUACGCAAAUCAAGGAAACAGAGGAAUAAUCAGAGUCUAGGUCGUUUGAUUUCAUUAAAUUGUCACUUACAUCCUAUUUACUACUCAACAAUUCAAAAAAAUACUUAUAACGAUACACACAACCUUGAAUAAUCUCAACAGCUGUUGGCCAUAAUCAGCCCGACCCAACUUAUCCCUAUUCUUCACAAUUUUCCUCGAAAUCAGUGAUUUUCUCCUCGAUUCUACUCAAAUUGUUUCCAAUUGCGAUUUGCACGCAACCGUUUCCAUCCGUACAUCGUAUUGAACAUUUUUCAUUUUCAUUUCAACUCAUCUCCUCGGGUUUUUAUAUCAUUCAAUGAGAACAGUAACUCCACAUGUCUUCAAUUAUUAACAAUAUUAUUUUUUUUAUACAAAAUACAGGGCACUCACAGUUUUAAUCUCUAAUUAUUAUUCACUGGAGUAUUCGCAGCUUUUGCUCUUACUUUCAAUUUCAAUUUUACAUUACAGUUUCAUUAGUCCUGUUGGUUAGUAGAACAAAGACACAAGUUGAGUUUAUUGAUUUCACAAGAAGAUAAAAAUUCAAUUCGUCAGGUUUUCGGGUUUAUCCCGAGAACGAUUGACCUGAGAGAAAAAUGGUAUUGCGCUUUUUUCAAGCUGAUGACAUUCUCCACAAGAAUUUCCUUUAGCGUUUUCUCGUGGGAGCAGUCCUUAUCGGGAUAAUUCCACUCAGACUGAAUGAAAAAAUCAACUUUCUCACGAUGAUGUUAACAUUUUAUUUAUCAAUUGCUCCGAUAAAAUGAUUGGACGUGUCAACUUGUUGCCUUAGUCCACAGCCCACGAAUUCCUUCAUCUCGAUUUUUAAUUACAAGUAUGUAUGGUAUAAAAAUAAUACUCAGUCAAUUAGUUCUGAUUAAUACUCGCGAUGUGACAUGAAUGAGUUUCUCUUUUAUAAAAAACCAGUGAAAAGCGUGAUUCAUAAAUUUUAAUAUUUAAUCUCUAUGCUAAACGGUCUACGCGCAUUUAAUUCAAGAUCUCCUCCAAUUUUUAGUACUUUCAGAGUUAUUUCUGCUGUCACGUGGACGGACGGAACAGAUGCCAUGAGCCAUUUUAAUUCAGAUCAAUGUUUUCCAUUUUCACGUUUUCCCCCACCUCAACGUGAUUAUCGCAAUAAAAUUCUGUACAAAAUUUUCCGUAGUAAAAUAAUUAUUUCAUCUCAUUCAGCGACAAACCACUGACAUUUAAUUAUGCAUUAAUCACCAGCACAAGUUUUAUAAUUUCAUUCCAGAAUCAUUUUCACUCCAUCUCCUCCCCCCACCGUCCGUCUCCCAUAUCCCUAGAAAAACUGAAAAAUGACUAUUUCCAUCUGAUACCAUCGCAGAUACAAUGAUGAUUAAAAAAUAAUGAAAAAGAAAAAAAAAAAUACACUCGUACAAAAUAAUAUUAAACGUAAUAAUAAAUUAAGCCAGUCGCUGCUGCCAAAAUUUCACAAAAAAAAAUAUGUGCGAACAGACGAGACAAAUAAGUUACAAUUGAUUAUUUAAAUAAAAACGGAGGG